UCCACGUCAGUAGGAGGCGGUCGUCAGUUUGACUCACGAAUGCGUCUACAGAUGAAGAAGAAGAACAUCAGUGCGUCUGUUGACUAAACACAUCAUAUCCGCCGCCAGACACAUCACUGAACACACCAACACAAAGUACUGCACAUUGCAAUGGAUGGGAAAACAAGUGACCCAUUUAGCAGCGAAGGCGAGCAGCUUCCUGGUGCAGGAAUAAUGGGCAAACUGUGGCUGCCCAAAGGUAUGUCUGGGAAUGUGGUAAAGGAUUGGCUGGACCGCAGAAGGAAAGCCAUCCGUCCCUGGGCCAGCUUUGUGGAUCAGCGCAAGUUCUCCAAACCUCGAAACUUUGGAGAGCUGUGUCAGCGUGCGGUGAAGAACAUGGACACCUAUCAAAGCAACUACACCUUCAUUUUCCUGGGACUCAUCCUGUACUGCAUUAUCAGUUCUCCUAUGCUCUUGAUUGCCUUGGGAGUGUUUGUUGGUGCCUUCUAUAUAAUCCACUUGAAGACACUAGAAAAGAAGCUGGUUAUUUUCGGUCGUGAGUUGACUCAGGGACACCAGUUAGGUUUAGCAGGAGGGGUUUCCUUCCCCGUCUUCUGGCUCGCAGGUGCCGGAUCAGCUGUGUUCUGGAUACUAGGUGCCACAAUUGCCGUCAUCGGAACUCAUGCGGCAUUUCGUGAGCUUGAGUCGUCUGACAUUGAUGAACUGCUCAUGGAACCUGUUUAAAUCCACACCUUUUACCUUCAAGCUUGUUACCCUAUCACAUCCGCCUUGUUACUUGUAAUGCCACAUAUGGGUUGUACUUUGAAAUAUGCAUAAUGAAUAAAACAAUAUCAGUUUACUCAAACACAGGCCAGCAAAUCCAGACAUCCGAAAAAGAUUUGCUUAUCAAGCACAUUUAAAGACCUCAAAUGCCUUUACUGGUACCUGUUGUACAACAUUUCCAUUUACUACAGUGUCAAUUACUUCCUUAAAUCACAAACCUGAUGCAGUGUGCCACAAAGCAAAACCUUGACUUAAAAACGUAUCAAUUUUCUUUAUCAAUUUCUAAAUCGACUAAUAUAACAAUACAUUCAGUCUGUACUUUCUAUAUUCUGUCAUUUAAAAUUACUCUGAGCUAUCAGGAAUAGCUUUACAUAUGCAAGAAAUUGGUUAUGCUAUCUAAAAAAGCAAACACACCUAGAUAUCAAGAAUGUAGUUUCUUUAUAAAUUUAGUCACAUAAGGUACCGGUCAUUGCAUAAUGGUUUGUCCUAAGCUAUAUUUAUCAAAUUUGUUCUGUUUUCUUAUUUGCCGUUGUUACAUCAGUGCUGAAUAGAGCAACAUGAUCUCUCUCUAUAUAUAUGCAUUACUGCUAUUCUAUGUAAUCAAAUAAUCAUAAUGCCAAAUAUCAUGAAAGGAUUUGUUUAAUCUGUGUUCUCUUUUUUAUGAACCUUUGUUUCAUGUAUAUCUUGUUUUAUGCUCUUUUUGUACUAAGAAAUGGAAAGUGCAAUAAAAUUGUCAGCCUGUAACAUAUUUUUAAAUCUAA